AUGGCCCGCACUGCUGGAGAGCCUGCUGCGAAGCGCACAAAGCUCGAUUUUGACAGCGACAGCGACAGCGACAGCGAUAGUGGCGUCAAGCUCGAGAGCAACUUCAAGAUCAACGAGGACUAUGCGAAGCGCUUCGAGCACAACAAGAAGCGCGAGGAGAAGCAUAGAUUAGAGGAGAAGUAUGGAAUCACAGGUCUGGGCAAGCGAAAGGGCCGUGAUGAGGAGGAGGACAGCGAGGAAGAUAGCGAAGAUGACGAGAGCGAGGACGACGAUGCAGCACUAGCGACCGAGCAUGUUGACCAGGAGAUCUUUGCGACACUGGACGCGAUCAAGAAGAAGGAUCCACGAGUUUAUGAUGCCAACGUGAAGUUCUACAGCGAGUUCGACCCACAAACUGCGACAGCCGGCGCCGCGAAGAAGGACAAGCCCAUGUCGCUGCACGAUUACCAGCGAGAACGACUGUUAAGCGGACAUACUGGCGGCGAGGAUGAACAAGAGCAUGUGCCAACAUUCCAGGAAGAGCAAGAUCAGCUCCAGCGACAAGUCAUUGGUGAAAUGCACAACGCAGCAGAUGCUGAAGGCGACGACGAGGGCGAUGACUUUAUGGUGGCCAAGAAGACGGCGAUACAUGAUGACAUGCCAGGCCUACCCAAGGAGAAGAAGCAAAAGAAGAAGAAGAUCACAGACGAGGACAUCAAGACCGCAGACAAGGACCCCGAGACAUAUCUCUCCAACUUCAUGCUUGCACGAGCUUGGCUACCAGGAGAUGGUGCACGAUUCGACCCUCUCGAGUCAGACGACAGCGAGGACGACAAUCGUGCUGACGAGUUUGAGACUGCCUAUAACAUGCGAUUUGAGGAUCCAAAGACUGCCAACGAGAAGCUACAAUCCUUUGCUCGUGACGUGGGCAAGUACGGCGUGCGACGAGAAGAGAAGAAUGCGCGCGCUCGAGCAAGAGAACGAGAACGUGAGAUACGUGAGGCAGAGAAGCGGGAAAGAGAUGAAGAUAAGGCCAGACUCAGGAAGUUGAAGAUCGAGGAAGCAGAGGAGAAGGUGAAGCGGAUCAAGGAGGCUGCAGGACUGCGAGGGAAAGCGCUUGAUCUCGACGAGUGGCGAGAUGUCAUUGAUGGAGACUUUGACGACAGCAAGUGGGAUGAAGUGUUGAAGAAGCGGUUUGGAGAUGAUUACUACAAUGAAGAUGAUGCCGCAAGCUCAGCGGACGAAGGCGGCGAAAGCACGAAACGCAAGCCAAAGAAGCCGAAGUGGGACGAUGAUAUCGACAUUGACGAUCUCGUCCCCGACUUCGACAAGACCGCCAAACCAGCAGUCGCUCUUUCCGAUCUCGAGGAUGACGAUGCGGAAGGUGGCGCGCCCUUGCCUGCCGCAGCCGAAGACUCGGACGACGAAGAAGCCACAUCAAGCAAAAAGAAGAAAAUCAAAACAGACCGCGAAAAGGAAAAAUCAGACGCCAAACGCGCCGCCCGCAUCGAAAAGAAGAAAAUCGAAGACCUCGUCGACUCCAACCUCACCGUCCAAGACCCUACCCUCACCUCCGGCGCUCCCGCGGCAGGCUUCCGAUACCGCGAAACUUCACCAACAAACUUCGGUCUCACAGCUCGCGACAUCUUGUUCGCGGACGACAGUCAGCUGAACCAGUGGGCUGGUAUUAAGAAACUCCAUGCGUUCAGAGAUGGGGACCGAAAGAAGAAGGACAAGAAGAAGCUGAGCAAGAAGGCGAGGCUGAAGCAGUGGAGGAAGGAGACGUUUGGGAAGGCGGAUGAGCCUACGGGUGGAUUUGAGACGAUUUUGGGAGGCGCGGGUGGGCUUAGUGGUGCUAAUGCUGUUGAGGUUGAGGGUGGGGUUGGGGAGGGGAAUGGUAAUAUUACAGAGGGGGCGAGGAAGAGGAAGAGGAAGGGGAAGAAGGCGAAGGGGGCUGAGGCAUAG